AUGUCUACCUCCGCUAUUCUCAUCGCUCUUCGCACUGACCUCGCUUAUCUCCGUGACAUUCUCACUCUACAUAAUACUGCUUACAAUGCCAUCGAUAGCGCCCUUGUCUCCGCCAUCCACCUCUCUGAAAACGACUUACGAGAUUGCGCCCAAAACAUGUUCCCCGGCGAAAUCAGGAAUGACCGUAGGGUCUGGCAGCAGAUCCUCGAAUGUAUGGGCAGGGUGAGGGCCCAGAUACGUUAUACGGAGAUGAAUAUGGCACUUAUCGAGCGAGAGAUCAGGGAAUUGGAGGCUCACGGUGGGUCUUCAAGGUGA